AUGCCACUCCUCCAGACAUCCGAAUCUUCACCGUCGCCAUUCGACUCAUGGCCCCAAGCUCGCCUGUCAACCUUUGAGCGCACUCUUGUCAAACAAAUUGACAUUCGCCUCAUGCCGCUCCUGUGUUUGUUCUAUAUCCUGAACUAUCUCGAUCGCAAACAAUACGACACAUGUGUCUCGAUCCUCUUUGUCGGGUACAGUACGUUCGCAGCCCUAACGAGUCGUCCCCUCCAAUGUCGUCCUUUCUCACAUCUCUUACCCCGCAUACUACAUUUGCGGCUGCAUGGCGUUUGGGGAUUUCUGUCUGCCUGCACUUCCAUAACGCAAAAUUUCACCGGCUUACUGCUGUGCAGAUUCCUACUGGGUUUCGCAGAGAGCGCAUUCUUUCCUGGAGCUAUGUUUUACAUAUCUUCAUGGUAUAACAAGAAAGAAUUAGCUCUUCGUGCAGCAUUUCUCUUUAGUGGCUCACCUAUAGGUAGCGCUCUCGGAGGACCUGUCGCCGUUGGGUUACUGAAAUUAGAUGGGACAUGCGGGAUGGCUGGCUGGCGCUGGUUAUUUCUCGUGGAAGGCCUUGCGACAAUCGCAAUAGCUCUUUUAAGCAUAUUUAUUCUCCCCGAUCUCCCAUCUUCCCCACAUCUUCUCCGGGAUUCCCAUCGACGGAGUACCAGGGAUGGAAGCGGAAAUGCGAAAAGGAUCAACCUUCUUGAGGCUUUCUGGAUGGUGAUCGUCGAUGAGAAAACUUGGAUGUUCGGCGCGAUUUUGACAUGUAUAUCUGUUGUCCAGACAUUGGGAUACUCUCGAAGUAUCACUUUGCUUCUGACAGCUCCUCCGUACCUUCUUUCUUGCGUUGUUAUGAUGCUCAACGGCUUUCACUCUGAUAAAACCCAAGAAAGGUUUAAGCAUGUUUCAAUCCCCCUUGUGGUGUUGGUACUUGCGCAUAUACUUGCUUUGUCAACAACUGCAGUGGUGCCACGAUAUCUCGCGAUGCUAGCUCUCCCUUCAUCAUAUUCCUCCUCCAUUAUAGUCUCCCUUACUUGGAUAUCGGAAACGUUAAAUCAACCUCCUGAGAAACGAGCGGCUGCAAUCGCAUUUCUAAAUGCUGUCGCCCAUACUGCGAACGUUUGGACUCCUUACCUUUACACUAGUCCACCUCGCUACCUACUUGCUUUUAGCGUCAAUAUCGCUGCGGCACUUCUCGCGAUCAUAUCUUCUGCGUUUACAAGACAGCACUUGAAAAUAUUGAAUGAUGAAGAAGAGAAUGAAGGACGGAGGGGACAAUACAUCCUUUGA